CUCGUUGCAUUGUCUAUUUAUAAAACACUACCAAUGUCUGUGUGCGUGCGCGCGUGAGCUCCAUCUACAGUACAGAGUGACUCUCCAACUGCUGACACAAUCUACAAUGCAGCACUCAUCUCCCCCCCCCCCAACACACACACACACACACAUUUCGGACUGGCGAUUAAAACUUCCAAACGUAUAUUCGGCGGGGCAAGAUAACCAAAGCAGACGUCAAGGCCAGAAAAGCUUUUAAUGCCUCGGCUAUUAUUUAUGAGUCGAACACUUUGGCGUGCCAGAUUUUUUGUACAACUUUGAAUUUGCAAAACAAGAUUUUAAAAAAACCAACUCGUUAGGAUACUCUGUUAGUAUUUAUUAAAGCUGGGUUUAUCUAGUUCUACAUUGAAUAGAAUCCUUUUCUAUAAAGUGCUACAUGUAUUCAAUAAAGUGUGGCAUGUGAAGUUAUAACCUUAAUGACUCUAUUCAAUGUUUCUAUUUGUGGAUUAAUUUACAACUUUACAUUAUGACUAAGAAAAUGAGAUAUGUUCUUCAUGUGGUGGCUGCCGCUGGAGCGAUAAUGUGUGUGGUGGCUGUUGUAUGUAUCGCCUGGUUCAGUCAUGGCGUAGGCCACUUACGCACGGAUAAUGUUUCCGACUCCCAUGCAAUGUCCAACAGCAGAAACUCUACGCAUGGAUACAACGCCAAAUGCAGCAGCCAUGCUGUUGCUAGUGACGCCGGAAGAGCUGUUCUGGCAAUCAGAGAAAACGUGAACUAUAGCCAGGAGGCCAUUUUGUCCAGACCUUUGAAUUCUAUUGUACCAGAUUCACUUCUGCCUGAAAACGCGACCAUUUUAACCAACGACAGUUUACCUGACAGGCAGGCCUACAUCCCAGAGGUGGGAAACGGCCACAUCGCCACCGUGGUCCAGAGCGACGCCAUCUUAAUGAACGGCCUUUACAACGGUAGAGACAAGACUAGCCACCGGGCCAGGAUCCCUUCCACUUCCGGCUACUCUGUAAACUGGACCUCCCCUUCCGGUCUGGAGCGGAAAUACAGUCUGGAUAUUGGCAGGGGUAUUUUCACAGAGUCGUAUACAGGUGCUGGGGUGACCAUCUCACUCAGGACGUACGCUCAUCGCAGCCUGACCCUUGUGAUGGUCAACGAGCUGACCUUGUCCAGAGAAAACACUUCCAUUGACGUGUCCGUGAAGAUUGUACUCAACCGAGGUCAAGAAAGCGAGGAUGUCAACUUUUACAAAGAUUCACACGGAAUACUUCAUGGGGAAACUAAAGAGGCGGAGUAUCCAGAGAUCGCUCCAACCAUUCGUUUCUACAUGCUCACUUCUGCUUCUCUAGAGGGCGUAGAGACUAUAAGCUCGGGACUCACCACGGAGACAUUUGUGUCCUUGACCUCUAUAGAUGUCAACAAAACGAAGGCCAUUUUUCAGUACGAACAAGCACGUGCUCAGUUUCUGGGCGGGACGUUGUUGAGCAGUCACGUGGAUGGAUGGAAUCACAUGUGGCAACGCGGGAGAAUAGACAUUGCAGGGGACAUAACCAUUUCCAAAAUGAACUACGCCUGCCUCUAUUAUUUGAUGAGCUCUCUCCCUUUGACUCCGAACCGAAAAGAGUGGCCGUUCUUUGGGCUUUCUCCUGGCGGUCUUGCCCACGGUGUGGAGAAUUUGGAUUACAUGGGUCACGUGUUUUGGGAUCAAGAUACCUGGAUGUUUCCGCCAAUCGCGUUGCUCCAUUCAGAUAUUGGAAGAACUCUUGUGCAGACGAGAAUCAGAACUCUGCGCAGUGCUCAGCUCCUGGCCAAGAGGAGUGGUAACGAGGGCGCCAAGUACCCUUGGGAGUCUUCUUACACUGGUCUUGAAACGUGUCCAGCUGAGCCGUACGGUCGUCUGGAGAUCCACGUCAUUGGAGACGUGGCUAUGAUGAUGCGCCAGUACUGGCAGCUGACUCGUGACGUAGAGCUGAUGGUCGAUCUCUCUGGAGCAGACGUGGUCUGGGAGACGGCCAAAUACUGGGCGGCUAGGUCCACGUACAAUCAAACAGACGACACCUUCAGAAUAAACGGGGUCAUGCCACCAGACGAAUUCAACUUCCCAGUCAAUGACUCAGUGUAUACCAACAGUAUAGCUGCUCUCAAUCUCCUCUUCGCCAAUCAGUUGGCCAGAUUUCUUGGCAAGUCAGAGAACGAGACGUGGUCCAACAUUAGCAGCAAGCUUCUCAUUCUGUAUGACGAGACGCUGGACUUCCAUCCUGAAUUUCAAGGCUUCUCAACUUACAGACACAGGCCCAAGCAAGCUGAUGUUGUACUUCUUGGGUACCCACUGAUGGUGGAUAUGAAGUUAUCGACGCGGAAAAAUGACUUGAUGAUUUACGAAGAAAUCACGUCAACAGGACCGGCCAUGACCUGGGGGAUGUUCUUGUUGGGUUGGCUGGAGCUAGACAAUGUCACAAAGGCGAAUGAGCUGUACCAGAAAACUGUGGCUAAUGCGCAGGAGCCAUUUCUGGUGUGGGCUGAAUACGCCGAUGGAGAUGGCGCCACCAACUUUCUAACUGGAAUGGGCGGCUACCUUCAGAUGAUUCUUUUUGGCUACGGUGGAUGCCGGAUACGCGAUGAGACGCUGACCUUCAAACCCGUCCUCAUGGAAGGGUCAAACGAGAUGACCUUUGUAGGAAUCGAUUACCGUGGAUGCAGCUUCGAUCUUCGAUACUCGGAUACGGAAAUGACGCUUAAUCAAACACAUGUCACGUGCGGGUCUGUAGGCCUGUCAGUCAGGUUCAAUGAUUCUGGUGCCUGGCACAGCUUGACCACUGGUAUACCAAUGACUAGGGAAAGACAAUCAUUUGAAAUAAAAAAUUUGCGGUGACGUUAAAAUGACUUUUUGAGAUUAAACAAGCUCAAUAACCAUUCCAAUGUGGUCACCACGUGACCAGUCAGAACCAAUCAGAGCCUGUACAGGCUACAGACAAGUUUUGUUAAUCGUAGAUCUUCUACACGUGUACCAUCAGACGUUAAGCAAGGAAAUAUUUAACCACCACAUGACCAAUCAGGCUACAGGCACUUAUUCCUAAUCAUAGAUCUUCCACAAUAAGAUGUCACGUGCAGUGUAGUCCAUUUGUUCUAAGCUCCACUUUUAUAAUAAAAAUCUGUGGUGUCAAGCACUUUUCUCUCUGACGGGCAUGUAUUGUUCUAACAGCGUCAAAGGCUGAUCAUCUAACAAGCAAAAUAUUUUUUUUAAAUACUUUAAAAGAAAAACAAAGCUUAUCUAAGAAUAAGAACUGCGACAUUACUGCCAGUAGCUGCCUUAGGGUGGCAAGUGGGGCAACCGCCCUAGACCCGAUCCUGAG